UGGAGAGAGACUGCAAAGAGAAAACGUGGGUGUCUUGUCAAACUUAGUAAAAUGCCUUGCUGACUCGCAAGACUAGUUGUAAAAAAAAAACCCUGGGAAAAAGUAUAACCGAAAACGGCGGCUGGUACGUAGUUUCCACCUUUUGUGGUUUGUUGUUUUCUCCACGCAUCAUCUGUCUUUGUGUUGGGGGAAGAGAUCAUCAUGUCAAGUGAGGCAAAAAGACCAAAAAUAGAGGGAGACAAUGUGGAGACUGGAGACAAACGCUUACAAAACUUUAUACAGUGGUGCCAUGAAGUUGAACUUACACUUAGCCACAAGGUCUACCUUUCCAAAGAGGACACAGUGGCACAGUAUGGAAUGAUGGCCAAGCAGGAUAUUGAGGAAGGAGAAGUGCUCUUCUCUAUUCCCAGAAAUGUGUUACUUCACCAGCAGACUUCCAAAGUGAAUGCAGUGCUUGAAAAGAGCAAAGAGACUCUUGAGAACACGUCCGGAUGGGUCCCGCUUCUCCUUUCUCUUAUGUACGAGUACACUGCUCCACAGUCCCUCUGGAAACCAUAUCUGUCCCUCUGGCCUGACUUCAAGGCCCUGGACCACCCCAUGUUCUGGUCAAAAGAGGAGAGGAACAAACUUCUAAGGGGAACAGGAAUUUGUCAGGCAGUGGAGACAGAUCUUACCAACAUUCAGAAGGAAUACACAGCCAUUGUUUUGCCAUUUAUGAAGUCCCACCCAGACCUGUGGGAUCCAGAGAAGCACACACUUGACCUCUACAAGAGCCUAGUCGCCUUCGUCAUGGCUUACAGUUUCCAGGAGCCUUUGGAUGAGAAGGAGGCAGACGAUGGUGAUGAUGAAGAGGACGACGAAGAAGAGAGACCCAAUCCUCCAAUGAUGGUCCCGAUGGCUGACAUGCUGAAUCAUGUGUCCAAUCACAAUGCAAAACUGGUGUACUCGCCUGACUGUCUGAAGAUGGUGGCCGUGCGCAGCAUCAGGGCGGGAGAGGAGGUCUUCAACACCUACGGCCAGAUGGCGAACUGGCAGCUCCUUCACAUGUACGGCUUCACAGAGCCUCACCAGGAGAACAUGCACGACACCGCCGACAUCAAGCAUUCAGUCCUGCACCAAGCAGCAGAGCAGCUUUCUCAGUCCGAGGAAGACAAAGAUCUGCUCGCUGACAAGUGGGGGACACUCUGCGAGAUGGGCGCAGUUGCAGACGAAGAAGGGGCCUUCAUCUUUGGCAAAAAUGGUUGCCUCACUGACACAGAGCUCCAUACCGCGUUGAAGGUGCUCUGCAUGGGGAAGGAGGAACUGGAGGUGUUCCAGGACGAGGAUUGGCAGGAGGCUGAGGACGACGAGGAAGAGGUGACACGGGCCUUGUCCAACGAAGGCCUGCCAGCGUUGGCGCCCACCUGGCGCAGUUUGCUGCACGCCGCUGCAGGCAUUGCUCUGGGCGCCUACGCAGAGGGCAUAGAGGCUGACCAAAAGCUUCUGGAAGAUGAGGACGUUAUGGGCAGGAUGAACAGCCGCAACAGGCGGGCCCUGCAGGUGCGCUAUGGCCAGAAGAGGAUCCUACAGCAGAUUCAGCAUCUCACACAGUCAGGGGCCAGCACAUCCACAAUGCCAUAAACAAACAGGACACAUACUGGACAGAUUGUAAUCUCACUUUUUCAGUAAAUAAAUACACAUUCUUUGUGUGGUUAUGGUAUGACCCGCCCAUAACACUUCUCUUCAUUUGUAUUCAUGGUCUGGAGGUUCUUUGACCUGACGCUAUUAGGGCAGAAGGGAGGAUUGCCCUCAGUUCUGUUUUGAAACAAUCGUUCGCUUAUUGUCUGGCCGCCUGGAGACCGACAAGAACCUCCAGAGUCUGUGUUUCUCAAAGUGGGGCGUAAGCCCCCCUGGUGGGGCGCGGACGUAUCUAAGGGGGGGGCGUGUGACAUCUGAUUUGGGCUUUUUUGCCCCAAGGAAAUUAUUUUCGGUCUCGCCAAUAAGUCAAUAAUUUUAAAGCCCUCACCAACAUUAUAUUAUUAAUUGUCAUGAAUUUGAAUAGCAUAGGAAAUGAACACGUCUGCAUUCGACUGCAGUCCCUCUUUGUUUAAUCUCACCAGUACUGCUGUUGCUUGAGGGGGCUCGGAAGCAUUCAGACCCUCUGAAGGGGGGAAUGAUGGAAAAAGUUUGAGAACCACUGCUCCAGACCAUGAAUACGAAUGAAGAGAAGUAUUAUGGCUGGGUCACUAGGCUAAUUAAAAGUCAGGACAUGCAACAAAAUGGACAAAUUGUAAAUAAAUUCCAAAAGCUUCUGGAAGAUGAGAACGUUAUGGGCAGGAUGAACAGCCGCAACAGGCGGGCCUUGCAGGUGCGCUACGGCCAGAAGAGGAUCCUACAGCAGAUUCAGCAUCUCACACAGUCAGGGGCCAGCACCUCCACAAUGCCAUAAAAAGACAGGACACAAACAACAAAAUGGACAAAUUGUAAUCUCACUUUUUCAGUAAAUAAAUACACAUUCUUUCUUUGGGUGUUUACACACGUUUGUGUCAGUAAGAGUAAGCUUAUUGACACAAGCCGUCCAAUCCUGCCAUCGAAUAAAAAAACUACAAAAUGGACAAAUUGUAAUCUCACUUUUUCAGUAAAUAAAUACACAUUCUUUCUU